UACAAAAAGAGGCCUGUGACGCAAUGCGGGAUCGGGUCCAGCAAGAUUACGUCCUGUUUCAGUUUUGAGACCGAUAGCUCUGGGCGAAAUGAAUUGAAGUACGCUGUUUGUUGGUUUUCUUUUCGGACUGCGUUGAGCUGAUAUCUUGCAGUACAAUGCCGGGCGUAACGUCGCGUUCCUUGAAGUCGUGAAGCUUCGAAAAGAUGUCUUUGGCGCCGCUCUCUGUAGCUAACGUUAGCUAUGCGUUAGCUUGUUAGCUAAGCUAGCUCGCCGCGGCGAAACAGCAAAAAAAAAAAAAAAAAAAAAAAAAAAAAACAUCAGGUGACCGAGUUUAAACGCUCUUACCCCGGUUCCAAGAUCACCUGCUUCCCUUAUAUUUUUUCUUUUCGCAGAUUUCACUUUUUUUGAAUUUUUUCCUAGUUUUUCCCACACUUAGAAACAUCUGAGCUGCUUUGCCUUUGCGAACUGAGGGGGGGGAAAGCCGGCAACCCUCUGGCGUUACCGUUAGGCCGCCGCGCAGCCGCUUGCCUUGGCUUGGUUGAGCCCGGCUCGUUCCAUAAACUUGGGAUUUUUCGCAGAGGCGAAGGAUAGAAACAUGGCAUCUUCGUCUGGGAACGACGAUGACUUGACCAUACCGAGGGCGGCCAUUAACAAGAUGAUCAAAGAGACCCUGCCGAACGUGCGCGUGGCGAACGACGCGCGCGAGCUCGUGGUGAACUGCUGCACCGAGUUCAUCCACCUGAUCUCCUCCGAGGCCAACGAGAUCUGCAACAAGUCGGAGAAGAAGACCAUUUCCCCGGAGCACGUAAUAAACGCACUUGAAAGUCUAGGCUUUGGCUCUUACAUCGCUGAGGUGAAAGAUGUCUUGCAGGAGUGCAAAACGGUGGCACUUAAACGAAGGAAGGCGAGCUCUCGACUUGAGAACCUCGGUAUCCCCGAGGAAGAGCUGCUGAGACAGCAGCAGGAGUUAUUCGCCAAGGCACGCCAACAACAGGCUGAGCUGGCCCAGCAGGAGUGGCUGCAGAUGCAGCAGGCUGCACAACAGGCACAGCUCGCCGCUGCCUCAGCCAGCGCAGCCCAGCAGGCCGGCUCCUCUCAGGAAGAGGACGAGGAGGAUGAUGUGUGACCUGCUUGCCAAGAUCCUUCGAACAUCCCCAGGCCCGCACUUCCCUGCAAGGAUGGCACAGCCACCUCCGGCAUCUCGAGCGUGCUGCUUGGCCACAAUGCCGACAGUGUUGGGACCAGGGACUCCUUCGCUUUUCUGUGUCCAGAUGAACUUGUCUGCUUUUCUCUGAGGGCUUCACUCUGUUAGACUGCGUGUGUGGAGUUUCUUUCCAAAUCCCACCCUUUCCUCAGUUCUGGUGUGCUAAUUUUGAAAGUGUAUUCAAGAUGUAUGGCAAUUUUUUUUGUCUAUAGUCAGGUUUUCCCUUAACUUUUAAGCAUUUGGUACCAAUAUUUGUCAAAUUGUUCUAUGACAAAGUGCUGACUCAACUUGUUUUUCCCCCUUGAUUAUGUUGGGUUAGUGUGGGAGGUGGCUUCUACAUUCUUAUAUAAAAUAUCCUCCCAUUUAGUUACAUGUGCGUUUUUUCCCCUUUGCUUUAAAUUCUUGUAUUAAACUAGUGAGGAAACAUUCUCAUUGAAGGAGUGUUUUUGUUCACUUUUUGUUUAGUCUGUUUUGUUAAGUUUUGUAAAAUAAAAUCCAGUAAAAACUGACUUGGUUAUGUAUUUUCAAAUCAUAAUAUUGUAUAUGUAGGUGUAGCUGCUACUGUCUCAAUUCAGUAUUGCAGUAAAAGUCAAAUAUAAACACAGAAAACCCUUUUUUGUCUUGCAGAACCAAAGAUAGAAGCAAUUGAAAUGUGAGAGAUCUGAUUAUCAUUGUGUGCAUAUUCUGUGCAGAGGAGAGCCUUGUGGAGCCACAUACAAGUGGAAUGCGACUUUCACUUUGCCAAACGUGACCCGAAUUUCGUUCCCCCCCGGCGGACCCAAAAACAUGACAUUUUGAGCAUUGCGGUAAAAUCUGACCAGUGGCAAUUUGUGACUCCUAAACGCCUCCUCUCGAACUGUAUUCUGAGCAAUAAACUUGAUGUUUUAUAUAAAAAAA